AUGGCGACUGCUAAAUGGGGAGGAAAGCGUCGUAAAAACAAACAAAGUUUGGAAGCAAGUCUUGAAGAAUUACACAGAGUUGGCAAGAAUUUAAAGACAUCUAGUUCUAAAAAAUUGAGUACGUUUUUGAAUACAUAUGAUGGUUCUGGUAAAAGGGUUCCAUCGAACAAAUAUAAAUAUCGAUCGCCGGCUGAACGCCAUUCAAAACAAGGUGCUGCAUCUAGUCAGAUUGAAGGCGACUUGAUGACUGAAUCUGAAUAUGGCAUGUUGGAUUCAGAUGAUGAAUUAUAUAUGGCAGAAAUGUCGGGCAGCAGAUCGACAACAACAGAGAGUCUCAGUAACUGCAUAGAGACAUGCAGCCAAAUAAGCGAAGAAAUUAAGUCAAGCAGUCAGUCGGAAUGGACAAAAAGAAUGUUGUCGGUAGAAGAAAACUGGGAAAGUAGCAGAUCAGCAAUAUUUGAUGCUCUACUCAAAAGCCAUGCUGUACCCUCACCAGAUAACAUCUGCUUUUUAUGCAAUGAAGGGUGUGCAGUUGUAAGAUGCCAUGAAUGUGGACCAAGGGUGUUGUUAUGUUCUGCCUGUGAUGAGAAGGUUCAUGAAACAAAUCCCUUGCACGACCGUGAUGUGUGGGUGAAUGGAUUUUUUCAGGAAAUACCUCCUACAACAAUUGUUUCAGAAGAUGGUUCCUUGGGAUUUGUUAAGAGAUGUGCACCAUUUGCUUUAUGUAAGGCAUGCUUGCUGUGUAAAGAACAAGGCUCACUGAUUCUGGUUCCCUUGGAUGAACCUUGCAUUGUUGUGACUUCUAGAGGACGAUAUGACUUGUCACUUUGUAUGUAUCGUUGUGGUAACUGUGACAAGGCAUAUUCACCUUUAUCAUUGGAAAAGAUCAUCAGUGAGGGUUAUUGGCCUGGAAAUCCAAAGCAUUUCAAUCAUGUAUUCUCACAAGAUCUGUUUCGGCUCUGGGAUUCUGUGAGAAAACACAUGCCUGGAACAUCUGAAUCAGCAUUCAUAAGAUCCCUAGGCAAUCUUUCAAGCAACAAUGGAAGGUCAUCUACUAUCAAUGUCACAGUAUUUCAUCGUGCAUUUAAGGAAUGGUGUUUUGCCAUGCAUGAGAUUGAUGUUUUAAAAGGGAGAAACUGGAUGGAAUGUCCUUGUUGCUAUAAAAACCAGCAUUCCUGUCAUGUUGAUGGAAAUGCGAAACUAUACAGAUAUAGUUGUGUUCCAAGAGGUGAGCGAAAAUGUUAUUACGGUAACGUUUUUGUGGAGGAAUAUGAUGCUGUUGAAGCUCAUCUAGAUAUUGUUUAUGCAUCAGCAUCGUCAAAGAAAAACACCAGUAAUUCGUAUUGUGGUACAUCAAAUUGGAAAGCAGCCAGAAAUACUGCAAAUGUGCGAUCAAAGUUAGAUGAAACUGGGCUUGUAGUAGCUGGCUGCAGACAUGCCCUUGCACAAAGUGCUCUUAAUAUGUACCGAGGAGAAUUAUUUGGGUACACACAUUACUUGCAGAUUAAUAGAUUGGUUCCUCAAGGUGUCAUGUUCUUAUGGCAGGAUGUUGUGUGCAAGUAUUGGCCAUGGUUUAUGUCACUUCCCAAAGAACUCUCUCCCCAAGAUACCUUCCUUAUGAAACCUGCACUUUCUAUUAUGCAUGGAAAAGCGCAUAUUUGGUCUUGUCAGGUGACAUGGGGCGGACGUUGGCAGCAAGGGAGCGCAUAUACGACUGGUGAGGAAGUGGAGCAAAUAAACAGCUACAUAUCGAGAUUGGGGUCAACAACAAAGUAUAUGAAUGCUGGAGGUCGUGACGAAACUAUAACUGAACAUGUCAUGCACUGGAACAAACAGAAAGUUAUGAAACUUCACAUAAGUCUGUCCAAAAGAUAUAUUGAGGUUGCUUGCCAGAUGACGAUUCCAUCUUGUGCGAGACCGAUAAUGGACAAUCUGAUGAGGGAAAAUACAAACUGACACGAUCCAACCAACAGGCAAUAGAUGGGCAAAGAGCUCUUUUGAACGCGGGUAUUUAUUUCAGUAAAACCCGGUUGAAAGAAGGUACAAUUGUCUUCAAACACAUUGCCGAAGGAACAUUUGAAGAGCUACUUCUUGAUGAGGAUUUCACUGGCGAAGUGGAUCGUUUGUUUGAGGAGGAAGAGGAUGAAAUUGAGGAGGGAGAAGAUGAGGAGGCACAGGAAGAGAAUUGAACAAUAGACUAAA